UUUCAGGAGCUGGUUAUGGUCACGGCUCAGCGCUGGCGCAGUGAGAACUUUGAGAGGCCUGUGGACCUGGAGGGCUCUGGGGAUGAUGACUCCUUUCCCGAUGAUGAACUGGAUGACCUCUACUCAGGGUCGGGCUCCGGCUACUUCGAGCAGGAGUCGGGCAUUGAGACAGCCAUGCGGUUCAGCCCGGAAGUGGCCCUGGCCGUGUCUACCACACCUGCAGUGCUGCCCACCACGGACAUCCAGCCUGUUGGCACCCCAUUUGAAGAGCUUCCCUCUGACCAUCCCACCCCAGAGCCGGUCACCAGUCCUCCAGUGGUGACAGAGCUUCCAGAAGAGCCCAGCCAGAGGGCUACCACCGUCUCCACCACCGUGACAACUACUACUGCAACCACGGGGGCCCUGACCAUGAUGGCCACAGCUCCUGCCACUGUGGCCACUGCUGCCCCCAGCACUCCCGCAGAACCCCCUUCCACGGCCACCACUGCUGUCAUAAGGACCACUGGCAUACGGAGGCUUCUGCCUCUUCCACUGACCACGGCUGCCACAGCCCAGGCCACCACCCCUGCGGCCCCCUCACCCCCCACCACAGUGGCUGUCUUGGACACGGAGGCCCCAACGCCCAGGCUGGUCAGCACAGCUACCUCCCGGCCAAGGGCCCUUCCCAGACCAGCUACCACCCAAGAGCCUGAUGUUCCUGAGAGGAGCACCUUGCCCCUGGGGACCACGGCCCCUGGACCCACAGAAGUGGCUCAGACCCCGACUCCGGAGUCCGUCCUGACCACAGUCCGGGAUGAGCCAGAGGUACCAGUGAGUGGGGGCCCCAGCGGGGACUUUGAGCUGCCGGAGGAAGAGACCACACAGCCAGACACAGCCAAUGAGGUGGUGGCUGUGGGAGGUGCUGCGGCCAAGCCCUCCCCUCCACCUGGAACGCUACCCAAAGGCGCCCACCCGGGCCCCGGCCUCCUGGACAAUUCAAUCGACUCCGGCAGCUCAGCCGCUCAGCUGCCCCAGAAGAGCAUCCUGGAGCGGAAGGAGGUGCUUGUAGCUGUGAUUGUGGGCGGGGUUGUGGGCGCCCUCUUUGCCGCCUUCCUGGUCACACUGCUCGUCUACCGCAUGAAGAAGAAGGACGAAGGCAGCUACACACUGGAGGAGCCCAAGCAGGCGAGUGUCACAUACCAGAAGCCUGACAAGCAGGAGGAGUUCUACGCCUAGCGGAGCCUCAGUGCCUCCCUGCAGCCUCAGCCACCCUCACCCAGUCCCAGCCCAGCCUUACUGGCCCAGGACUGGGACUGGGCCUGGCCCAGUUCUCUGCCCUCCCUCCCCUGGCCUGCCCAGGCUGCUAGCCUCAUGCAUUGUCCUGAGGAAGGGGUGCUGCCAUCUACCCCGGACUGUGUCCUUAUGAGUUCAUCUCUUGUCUCUCACCAGCCUGGGGCUUUGGGACCUUACGUCAGCUAGACAGGAGGAAGGAAGCUCCUGAUUGGCUGGUGGGAGAAGGGGAAGGGACGGGGCCUGAGAUGGUCUGAGCCUCUACAAAAAUCCCAAAGGGCUGGCUCAGUCUCCUUCCUGGGUCAGAGAGGCCCUCUGGCUGGCUUCUGGGACCAACACACGCAAACUCAGCCCUUGAAAUCAUCUAGACACUGCAGCCUCACUCCUGUCACAGGGCCUCUCUUUGCCUGGGUGAGGGGUGUCCUUUGUCACCAUCCUGCUUUUUCCUGGCCUCCCAGAGGUUGUGGGACUAUACUCCCCUCUCCUCUGCCCAGUGCAUACGUGCCCCAGGCUUCCCUUCCUCUUUCCCCAAGGACAUGGCUUCCUGAGAGUGCAGGGCCAGCCACCAGUGAGGACGGCCACCUGAUGUCCCUCCUGUGAGGGGACUCUGCACUGACACCACCGCCCACUCUGUUAUACAUAUUGUCACUUGGUCACAUACCACACAAAGUGGAGCAAGGACGAAAGCAUACCCAGUGCUGACCGCCCAGUCCAUCCAGACAGGUCAGAGACACGCCUUCCAAAGGUGCGUCUCUUCAUACAUCGCUUAGCCAACUCUCCAGACACCGAGUCACUAGUCACAGCCGCCUGAGUGGUGAUGGUGUGGUCUGCCUCUCUGUCCCCCUGCACACACUGGCACCACACACAUCAUACUGAGCUCUUUCAGGCUCAUUGGAGAAGGCAGAGAUAUGUUGGAACAGUCAGCCCAUAUUGGGUCUCAGUUACCCUGUUAGACUUGGUCCCACAUCAAGGUGCCCACACCAGCCACGUUGCCACCCAUCCCAGCCUCUCUCAGACGUGGUCCCACACAGAUGCACAGUCUUAGUCCACAUAGCCCUGCACGCACUGGGGGAAGACAGGUGGGCACUUGCCUUUCCUGAAAUAAAGUGUGACGUGGGGACAUUGCCACCAGCUCUCCUAGGGCUUUUCAUACCUAAGGCCUGGCCUCGCCCCUGACUGCUUCCCUUCUUAAUGUGCCCUCAAAGGGAGAGGUUCAGGGCCAGCCUUCGCCCACUGAGAGCCCUGGGACUUCUCCAAGGCUGGAGGACAGGAUUGGGCUCUGAAAUUUGGCCCUGGGCUGUGGAGGGUGCUUGGGUCUCCCUGGACCAAAGGCCCUGGGUGAGGAGGGGGCGCGUGGUCUGUCUCCUGUCUCCUGCAUCCUUUUCCUGCUCUGAGUUAGGGGGCUGAUUCUGCCUCCCAGGACACAAGUUUCCAAAGUGCCUGUGAGGGCUGGCCCUCCGGCCUGGGCCCUCUGCAUCCUCAGCCCCGCCCACCCAUUUGACCAAACAAGUCAGCAGUUCUGGCUGCUGCCCUACGGCCCACAGCUGGAAGUGGCCCAUCCAGAUGCCCCAGCCCCAAGGGCAGAUAUUGAGGGACUAGAACAGGUGACAGCAGGGGGGAGGUUGUAUCCCAGGCCCCAAGCCUGCUUUCUCCUUUGUUGCCCUUGAAAGUGGGGCCAUUUUAUGAGUAUUUUAAGUGUGGAGUCACCGCUCUCCUUUGAGGGCGAGUACUGUGGUGGGAGCUCUGGGAGCCAAGGGGAUGUGGUGUGAAUUAUGACUGGUUGGCCCUCCCACCCCACAUCGCACCCGCAGCCCAGAUCCAAGUCAGGAGCCCACCCUAGUUUUAUUUCUAUUUCCCUUUUCAAGGUUCCCUGGCAGUGGACUUCUGCAGGGGAGGGGCCUGAGGAAGGGAGGGGCCCAAGGAAGCGAGGGCCAGGCUCCAGGGGUCCUUCCAGAUCCUGAAGCCCGCUUCGGCAGGGCCCAGUGUUGCGUGAGGAAGUUAGUCGGCUAGAGCCUUUGAGGAGGGCGGGGAGGGGGCUUGGCCUCCACAGGCCCUGUAGCAUACCCAGCCUCCCUCUACCUGGUCCCUGAUGAGCUGCUGUCUCAGGGAUGGCAGCUCUGGUGAGAAGGCCUGGGCAGGCCAAGGCUGAGAAACCAGGGAAAGUGAAGGAACCAGUGCCUGAGCACACAGGCCCCAGGGACACUGGCAUCGGGGCAGGUGACCACCAGUGGGCACAGCUUCUGUGUUUGGCUGGAGGCCGACAUGGGGUGGCCUUGGCUGGCCUGAUUUCUCAUAGUUCAAGCACGGGCUUUGGACUUGGGCUGUGGACUUGGCCUCCUGGCCCCGGCCCCUCUUCUGUGUCCUUUGCCUUUGAGAGAGAGGCCGAGGGCCUUGUGCAUGAAGCCCUGGACCCACGGCCAAAUCCCAGGCUUUAUCUUUGUGAAGUUUAAUGGUCUGCCCAGGCCGGGUCCUUCAGGCCAGUCUGUGGGCAGGAUGGGGGCAGGGCAAUCGAAGAGCCCAGCCAAGGACGAGCUGGAGCUCUCUACAGUGCAAUGGGGGUGCGGGGCUCUCACCCCAGUCCAGGUACGGUGUGAAGUGUGCAGGGCUGGCCAGAUGGGCCUGCAGACAGCCCAGUGCUCCUGAGAGGGGGUGCUGCAAGCCCUGGCAUUUCCUGGGAACACAGCACAUUCCAAAAGAGACAGAGCUCAUGUGGCUCGAGAACUCUCCCGGGCUUUGCUCAGUGGAGGCCAAGGCCGGCUGAGCCGAGCUGGGGGUGGGACCGGUCCCUGGCUGUGAUUUCUAGAGCCCAGAUUCGGUCUCUCCAGGUGCCCAGACCCAGUGGGACUUUAUCUGAAAGGCUGGUCCACUUGAUCCCUGGAAGAAUGGGGUGGCAAAUGGGGCUGGACAGGCCUGUGGCAUGGGCCGAGGGAGCUCGGGCCGACCCUUGGGCUUGGCACCGCCACCCAUCAAGCCAGGCUGGGAGCAGAGCUGACUGCCUCUCAGGCAGCAGUGGUGUUCUUGGCUCUCCUGGCUUUCCUCUGCCAACUGCCACCCUGGACUUGCCUCCCUGAGUCUCUGGCCUGUAAAUAGAAGCCCACACCUGUACAGAUUUAGAGAGGCCGAGACUGGGCCUGGGAGUCACCACCAUCUGAGGGCUGACGGUCCCGCAUCCCCCAGGUGCCCACCUGGCCCCAGUGUGACGAAUGCAUGUAAAUAUUUCUCGUAGGCAGCGUGGCUCCAGAGAGCCCCCUAAAGACAGUGUCCCCCUCUGGUGCGUCCUUUCCUCUGUACAGAGCCGUCCCAGCCCUGGCUGGUGGUGGGUGGGAGUUUGUCCUUCACUCCCCCUGGCCUUCCCCUCUCCCCCCACAUAACCUCUUUAUUAACCAUACCUGUCCUGAGUUCAUGGCCAAAACUCUCAGCGAGGAGAAAUGGAGGAGAAACGGUGGACAAGGUGACCAGGGCACUGCCCCCUGUGGGUGUGUGCCUGGCCCAGCCUGGGGAAGGAACUGGUUUGUUUUUGAUUUUUGUUUUUAACAUUUCCCGUGCUGUGCCCCUUUAUAAGAGGAAUAAAAUUAAGCUGAAGUGA